AUGAUUGGAGUAAACUUGACAGAAGACCAACAAUGUUUGCUAGACAACUUAUGGCAUAUUCAGACAGUUCCACAGGCUUCAUCAUUCAAAGUUCAAAUCCUCAAUGCUUUAAGUUUUUACUUUCAUAAACAGUCAUCACUGACCCCUGAAAAACAAAUAAAGAAGUUUACGCAUUAUGUUAUCAUCAGGGGCACUAAAGUUGGGAUUUUUAAUAAUUGGGCAACAGUCAUAAAAUAUAUAGAGUGUCAAAAUCCCCUUUACAAGGGAUGUUGUAGCUUCCAGGAAGCUAUGAAUAUUGCUCGAGAACAUUUUGGGUUAAACAGUUUUUUCAUAGAACCCGAACAGGUGAAAACAUUUUCAGAAAUAGCAAAAACUAGUGCAGAGCAAAUGAUUAAAGCUCAAGAAGAAAUUAUUGCUAAGUUACAACAACAACUUAUGCAAUCUGGAAAAGAUACACGGUAUAUACAAAGCCAGAUUGAAAAUAAUAUUUUGAAACAAAAAAUAAAAAUUCUUGAAGCAAAAAAUGUACAGCUUAUACAAAGAAAUGAGAAAAAAGAUGAAAAAUUAAAAACAGCAAUAUACAGAAACUAUGAAUGUUUUAAAGCUCGCAUUUUGGAUCUCCCUUGGAGACAAACGUUGAGACCAGUACUUGAUCAGUUUAAAGAAUUUGAGCAAAUGGUGUCUCAAAAAAUUUGUAUAGAAUUUCCAGCAAUUCUAUAUGAAUUACAGCAGAAGAUUGUACAGAUUGCUUUUCAAGAAAUCAAUUAUAAAGGAGUUACACUGCUACAAUUCGGUUGCUUCUCCCCUCGUAACCUUCCUUGUAAGUUUACUCUUCUUGAUUUUAAUUCUUGUUCAUAUUAUGUUUAUGGUUUAACGGUAAACCCGGAAAAAACCGCCGUACCCCUACGGGUCAGUAAGAAGAAGCUUCACCGCGAACACACAGUCGGCAUCGUCUCUCUCUGCUCUCGUCGCUAUCGAAUAGAUAUCGUUGUUCACUUGUUGCACACUUUGAAGGUUUGCAGGCACCGUAUCUGCUGUAAUCGUCCAUCGCCUACUCCUCCACAAGAGGUAUUCACUCAUCAGCUUACCAGGAUGGGAACUACUGCGAUGACCCCUGGAUUCAUAUUUUACAUAAGUGCGAUCUAUCAGGACUUGCAAACAUUCGCAUGACUAAUGAGUUCUUGUUGUUCAUCAUACCUGCCCUAACUUCCCAAUAUAUCUCCAUGGCUGUUAAGAUUGUUGAAAUGAGUGUGGGACCCACAACCUGGAAAAAGCUUGAGGAGCAUGCAAACAAGGCAACACGUGUAAAAGCAAUCAUUGAGUUGAUAGCAGUUCAUCAAAUAUGUGUUAUGGUGGUAAGUGACAAACCCUAUUGGAUGAGGUUUGCUGUUUUCUGGACAAGCAUUGGGAAUGGUUUUCAUGCAUGUAAGCUUCUGGAUGUGGUCAAAAGAGGUAAAACAGACCAAGUAGAGAAGGGUGGAUUGUCUGCAGUAAAGAAUCAAGUAUGAUUGAUGAUGAUUAAGAGG